AUUAAGCCACAAAAUCAGCUCACAAAGAGAAAGGACUCGGGAUUUAAAGAGAAUCUUGCAUCUUUCAGAAGGUUUCUGAAGAAUUACAAAAACUUGUGAACAAAGGCAAUAAGAAGACCUGAUGAAGAACACACAGCGGCUUUACCUUUGUGGGCUGGUUGUUGCAGCUUUUCUCCCCGUUAGCUGGCAAAUGGUCCUGAAAGAUUCGACCGAUGAGUCCAGGUGGCAGUCUUAUGAAACAGAAAGUGCCCACAGCUUUACAUCUAAUGUCAAAAGACAUUCUGAAGGCACCUUUACCAGUGAUUUUACUCAAUAUUUGGACAAAAUGAAGGCCAAGGAUUUUGUACACUGGCUCAUCAAUGCCAAACAGUACAGGUAUGUGGUAGCCUGCAAAUCAGUUUUCCAAUCAGAUUAA